CUAACAAAUUGCAACGAAUAAUGGAACAACGGGCAGACAUCGACAUGAUUGAAAAUGAAAGCUUAACUUCCAGUGAAGCUCUGGCAAAACGGAAAGCGUCGCCCUUUACUUCGACAAUGGAUGUGGCACUUGCGACCGCCUUUGCAACAGAAAAAAACAUACUGGACGGUACAAUGCGUACUCAAGGCGUGCCGAACAGGCAGCAAAAGCUUGCAGCGUGGGAACGUAUACGGGACUGUGUCAAUGCAUUUUCGGGAGACACUAAUCUGAAGACCGUACAGCAAUGUAAAGAUCGACAUCGCAACUUAAUCCAAGCUGUUCGCUUCAGGAGGAACACAGGGUUAAUGGAAGGCCCUCUACCAGCUCUAAUGAAUAUAACUGAGACACAAGAGAUGAUUGAAUCGACUGUGGCUAGUCUAAAUGACAAAUCCUCAGCCGAUGAAUGCGGUGAUCACAACAUGCAGAAAGACAACACUCAAGAAUCACCAAAUGGUAUCCCAUCAACAUCUUCAGCGCCAGCAGCCCUGUCUCAUAAUAAAGACAUAAAGCAGCGUCCUAUGAAGCGGAGAGCUACAUCACCAACUGGAACCAUUGACGAAUACCGCAAGAGGAAACUGACCAUCAUGAUCAAGGAGCACAUCGUCAAAAUGGAGCUCAUGAAAGCUCAGACAGACUACUACAAGACCAAGACUGACUUCAUGCGCCAGCAGACUUGCCCCCGCCCAAUGAGCGUACCACAAAAAGUACAGCAUCAAAACAUACCCAAGAACAUACUGCCAACAAAUAUGUCCCCAAAUAUGUCCCAAAAUAUGUCCCAAAAUAUGUCCCAAAAUAUGUCCCAAAAUUUACCCCAGAAGUUACCAGGAAACACAUGAGUCUUUCUCAACAUACUUUUACAAAUGGGCCAAUCUAAGCACAUAAAAUUGCUAAGUAGAACAGUUUGCUUAUAAGGUUUUGUUUUAGGGAACCAGCCAAUUUCUCAUUUGAGUUACACACACUUUGGCUUGUUUCUUCACCUUAAAGGCACAUAUUGUCAGCACAUGAUGAUAUAUUCCAAUGUUUCCAUUGUCUUAACCACUAUAGACACCGGUCAGCUCAUUAGCCAUAAGACACCGAGUCAUAAGCUAAACCAAGAUGCACAUCCUAAGGGGGUGGGACAUUGGUUUGGUUAGAAAGGGCAGGACAAAACUCUGCCAGCAUCUUUUGUGUACAAAACCAGUCUGUUAGUUGUCUUUCAAUUGUCAAUGGAAGAUGAACCUAAUGAUAGAAAUUAAUAAUUUAAGUAAACAAAAUUAACUUAAAUUUGCCCAGGCAAUACAUGGCCAGGUAAACAACACACUCGGAUAAAGAAUUCAUUGAAAAUAAAUGCAAAACAAACCCUUUUAAGCUACGGAAAAUAACUUGUCACCAUGUGCUGACAACGUAGCAGAGUUACGUUUGUCCCAAUGAGCCAUUUGCGUGUUAUAUUUGAAUAUUUUCUGGUACAAUGACUUGCCUGAUCACAAGCUACCACUUAAAUUCGAAUUCCGCAGACUAUCGAGACAGUUGCUAAGACACGUGAUUUGGGGCAAGCUUUUGCUUAGUUAUGUAAGUGACAGUGAACACCCCCUCACAAUUUAUGGAUGUCACCAGGAUUUGCUCAUCUGGAGGUUGUUAUUCAAAAGCUUGCCACGAACCAUGUGACAUAGCAACUGUCUCUGUAGUCUGAGGAAUUCAAAUUCGAGUGGUACAUUGUGACAAAGAAAGUCAUUGUACCAGACAUUAUUCAAAUCUAACUCGCAAAUGGCUUAGUCUCAUUUGAGGGUUUUAAGCAUUCCAGCUUGAAACAUUUGCUAAAUUAACUUUUUAUUUUGUGGCCUCAUGGAGUUUGAUUUUUUAUCAACACUACAUCUAACUUAUCUUGACAAAUUUGAUGGGGAAAGUUUUUUUUCAUGAAAUUCAUUCAAUGAUAUGAGAAAUGAACUUUUGUAUCUUAUCUAUAUACACCUGUUAGUCGUGCCAAAUGGGAUCAAGUCAACUAAAAGUGAGUAUUUUAUAUGUGGCUUUGUGUAAAAAAUUUCAUUACAGGUUGUUGCAGUUAAGGUACAAGAAGUGUGUCAAAUAUGCAAUUGUUUCUUUCAUCCCAAUUUAAUUUGUUUAUAGUCUUAUACUGUUGUCAUUUUAAAAAUGUAACCGCAAAGUUAUUUUAAAUUUAGAUGAUAAUAUAAAUGUGAUACCUUCCCAUGACAUUUUAAAUAAUUUUGUGAUUGUUUGUUGUUUUAACAUGUGAUACUAAUUGUUUGUUAUCAUCGUUAGCAUUUAUAUUCCUUGUGUGUAUCUGGGCCCAAUUUCAUAGCGCUGCUUAGCGGCCGAUUUUGGUGCUUACUGUGCGAUUUCCUUUUCAUAGCGC